CCGCGCAGCGGACAUGGCGGGCUCGCGAGUCCCGCGGCAGCUCUUCCUCCAGGGCGUGGCCGCCGUCUUCAUGGUCGCCUUCGCUUCCCUCUACACGCAGAUCCCGGGCCUGUAUGGCGCCGAGGGCAUCCUGCCGGCCCGGAGGACACUGCGGCCACAGGGCAAGGGGCGCUGGCAGCAGCUGUGGGAGACCCCGACGCUGCUGUGGGAGGCGCCUCGCCUGGGGCUGGACACUGCGCAGGGCCUGGAGCUGCUGACCCUGCUGGGCACCCUGCUGGCCCUGGGGGCACUGCUGAUGUGCCAGCUGCGCCACUCCCUCACCUACCUGCUGCUCUGGGCUGCCUACCUAUCAGCCUGCCAGGUGGGCCAGGUGUUUCUUUAUUUCCAGUGGGACUCCCUCCUGCUGGAGACAGGCUUCCUGGCUGUGCUGGUGGCCCCCCUGAGGCAGCCCCUGCAGCGCAGGCUGGCAGGCGCCUCACCCCAUGAAGACCUGCCCUUCUGGCUUGUGCGCUGGCUGCUGUUUCGCCUCAUGUUCGCGUCCGGAGUGGUAAAGCUGACCAGCCGUUGCCCCGCGUGGUGGGGGCUCACUGCCCUUACCUACCACUACGAGACGCAGUGCCUGCCCACGCCUGCCGCCUGGGCUGCCCACCACCUGCCCGUCUGGCUGCACAGGCUCAGUGUGGUGGCCACUUUCCUCAUCGAGGUGGCUGUACCCCCGCUGUUCUUCGCCCCUGUCCGCCGCCUGCGCUUGGCCGCCUUCUACACCCAGGUCCUGCUGCAAGUGCUGAUCAUCGUCACUGGCAACUACAACUUCUUCAACCUGCUCACCCUGGUGCUCACCUCUGCCCUCCUGGAUGAUGUGCACUUGGCUGCCGAGCCUGGCAACAGGAAGACACCUGUCUCUUGGCCUAAGACUCUGCUGGCUGGGCUGUCCCUGCUCCUGGAGCUGACCGUCUACGGGCUGCUGGCCUACGGCACCGUGCACUAUUUUGGCCUGGAGGUCAACUGGGAACAGCACACCAUCCUCUCCAGAACCACCUUCACCUUCCACCAGUUUUCCCAGUGGCUGAAGACAGUCACCCUGCCCACCAUGUGGCUGGGCGCGGCCUCCCUGGCCUGGGAGCUGCUGACCGCCCUCUGGAGGUGGACGCGGGUGAGAGGGUGGCCGCAGAAGCUCUGUGCUGCAGCCCCGCUAUCAGUCCUCAGCGCGGCCACGGUGGCCAUGUUCCUCACCAGCCUGGUGCCCUACUCCUACCUGGAGCCCUCCACCCACGGCCGCCUCUGGGCCGGGGCCCACCGCCUGUUCGGCGCCGUGGAGCACCUGCAGCUGGCCAACUCCUACGGCCUCUUCCGCCGGAUGACCGGCCUAGGCGGGCGGCCGGAAGUGGUCCUGGAGGGCAGCUACGACGGGCAGCGCUGGACGGAGAUCGAGUUCCUGUACAAGCCUGGAAACGUGAGCCGGCCGCCCCCGGUGGUGACGCCGCACCAGCCGCGCCUCGACUGGCAGAUGUGGUUCGCCGCGCUGGGCCCGCACACACACAGCCCCUGGUUCACCAGCCUGGUCCAGCGCCUGCUGCAGGGCCGCGAGCCGGUGAUCCGGCUCAUCCAGACAGACCUGUCCAGGUACCCCUUCCACGAGCAGCCCCCCACCUACGUCCGGGCCCAGCUCUACAAGUACUGGUUUUCACAGCCAGGGGAGCCGGGCAAGUGGUGGCGCCGCCAGUGGGUGCAGGAGUUCUUCCCAGCGGUGUCCCUCGGAGACCCGACGCUGGACAUGCUGCUCACACAGUUUGGCCUCCAGGACAAGAGUCCACCCCGGGCCCGCAGCUCCAGCAACACCCUGACCCAGACCCUCUGCUGGCUGCGGGAACAGCUGUCUCCCGUGGAGGCCCCCACACUGCUCUGGGGGCUCCUGGCCACUGUGGGGGCCAUUCGGGUCCUGCAGGCCCUGCUGGGCCCCCUUAUCCCCAGGUCCACCCCUCCGGCCAGGGAGGAGAAGCACAGGCCAGCCCACAGGAAGGAUUCAGGCCAACAGGCGGCCCCGGCUCCCAGCAGCUGCAGCAGCGGUUCCCGGCUCUCCCGGCGGAAAAAGUAGCUGCAUUUUGUCGGCUGCCGGACGAGAGGGUCAGGGUCCCUGCACGCCUCUGAGUCGUCUCCUGCAGCGGGACACUCAGCCACUGUGCCUUAACCAGCUACCAGGAAGCAUGGCAACCGCCCACCAGGCAGGCUCUGGAACCCCAGCCCUGAGGGCCUCCGACUGCUCCCUCUGCAGGCACCCUCUGGGUUGGGCACGGCCGCGUGUGGAGCUGUGCCUGGCUCGCAGUCCUUGCCCGCACGGGUAGCCAGGCAGUGAUGGGCCCCCUCCUCCAGAGCCGCUGGGCCCAGCCCCUGCCUGGGGGACAGCACCAGCUGCUGAGACACGGGGUAGUGGGGGGCAUCCAGCGUCAUCUGGGCCCAUGAACCAAUAAAGGGUCUUCAUGCUUGGCCUACAGCCUGGUUCUCCCUUCCCACUGGUUGCCAGAGGACGGAGGGCCUUCCCGCCUAUGGCGCUGGAUAUAGCCCUCGGUGCUGUCCAGCCAGCCGCUGACGUGCUCUCCCAUCACCCUUGUCCAUUCUAUAAAGUGGACACAAGGGCCUGGUCUGGCAGGGCCAAGGCCCCAAGCCUCAGUCCCACACAGCCUGGUAGCUGCCACCGCAGGGCAGGCCAGGGGCCAUGGUGGAUGGCCGGAGAAGUCCCCAGAAUCCAUUUCCUUCCCUGCUUGCGCUUCCGCGGGAAAGCACUGAGGGUCAGUACUGGGCUGCUGGGCAGGAGAGGAGCAGCCAGGAGUGGACACUCAGGGCGGUCCCCAGGG